AUGAAAACGUUUAUUAAGCGUGGAGACGAAUAUUUUCUACAAGGGAAUUAUAGCAAUGCUAUCGACAGUUUCACCCAGGCUAUUCAAUGGGGUAAAAAAAACGGGUGCAGUCCUCGAGCUCUUUUCGAUGUUGUAGAGCGACGCGCAGUGGCUGCUGAGAAAGCUGAAUUGUUCAGGAAUUCCAUGACUGAUGCUAAAUUGCUCAUAAAACUAAUUCCUACUGAUCCUGCUGGCUACUUGAGAUGUGCUCUGUUGAUGGUGAAGAUGGAAAAGAAGUAUUUCCAGGCUUUGGAGGUGCUAAUAGAAGCCAAGAAAGUCACACGGAUCAAGCCUUCAGACCCUGUUGCAAUGAAGAGAUGGGAAAAGCUACAAUCAGUAAUGGAUGGUCAUAUGCAGAAACUCAAACAGAAAACCAAUUUCAAUCAAAGACAGGAUCCUCUUGCUGUUUUUCCAGCAGAAGUCAGCUAUGCCAUAUUUCAGUAUCUGGGCACAAAAGAAUGGCUCAGAUUACAGUCAGUAUCGAAGUCAUGGCACGAUUACCUUGCUAAUGACCAUUAUCUCUGGGCUACAUCGAUAGAUUUUUCUCAGUUCAAACGUAAAAGACAUACUGCUAAGAAUCUGGAAAGGUGUCUAGAUAAAGUAUUCAUGGUGUCUCCUACGAUCUCUUCUCCAAUUAGAACGUUGAAAUAUUUAAGGAUUGGCCCAUUCGCCAGCUAUGAUGCAGAGAAAAGAAGCCUAGAACUGAUAUCUCGUGCGACAAGUAAAUAUUCUGGCAAGUCGAUUGAGCAUUUACAUCUUAUAUCUGGUACUUCUGUCAGAUCGAUCAGCAAUUUUCUUCCAAUGCAAAAGCUAACCCUAUCUUUCGAGGGAAACAGUCCUUCUACAGAGCGUCGUAUUAUCUACCUGGACGAGUUCUUUGGAAAGAAUUCUGCCAAUUUACAAGAUAUUGACCUAGCGGCAUAUACAAUUACACACACUGAAUCACAUGAAUAUCCAUCACUAAAGACGCUCAAGUUGAAAUUAGCAGUCUUUGACUUUAGUAUGAGCUCUCUUUCCAUGAAGACAUUUCCAAAUCUUGAGAAUUUAUCGCUGACGUUCAACACCCUCAACAGCGGUGAUGUCUCUUGGCUUUCUAGUACUUUUAAAAAUGACAAACUGAGAUCUUUAUCCAUCUCAUCUGGAAAACCUACCAGGAUCUCUGCAACAACUAAUACAGAAAUGCCAACUGAAUGGCCAAGUCAUCUUUCUAGCCUAAAACUGGACCGAGUAGAAUGGCCACAUUUAAGGGAUAUGGCAGGUUACCUCAAUGAACUCGAGACACUAGAACUUACAAGCUGUAAAAUACACAUCAAAAACAUCUUCACCCAGUUUGGGUGCGGUCAAGUUCUACAGCGAGUGAUUUUAGACCAUAUGGAUCCUGUAUUGAAUAGGGACUUCAAAGGAUCUUUUUUUGUAAACUGUCCCCAACUAAAGCAGUUAUCGCUAUUUGGUAACAGUUUUGUCAAUGACAGCCACAUUAUUGAGACCUUAUUGCACUGUCCACUGCUUCGCGAAGUAGACAUCGGCGAAACUGCUGUGUCCGAAGACUCGGUGUUCCAAUUAGUGCGUCGCGGCGUAGUCAAGGUUGGCUGUCAGUCUGUACAGAUGGCCAUCGACUCUUUUCCCAAGCUCUCCUCUCGAGCCACUAUAUAUCUUCAAAAAUUACCUAUGUGA